GACCAACGGUGCGGGCUGCCUAGCUGCCGUGACUGCCUAAAGAAAGAACUUCCCUCGACUCCAGCACCUCCCAAGGUAGGUAGGUAAGCCUUUCUUUUCUUUCUCUCUCUCUCUUUCUCUCUCUACUUCUUCUCAUUCAUCCAUACAUCCAUACCGGCACAACACAUCUCGUAUAGCAAUCAGCACAGCCAGGCAUACUGCAACACAGCACCAGCAACCAUGCAAAACACACCAGAAAACUCUCAUUCCGCCACUAGCCACACUCAAGAUGUCCAAGGCCAAACCACAUCAGAACACCCACUGACCGAACUGACCAUUGGCUUCGAGAUCGAGUUUCUCCUUCUCUUUUCCUCGCUGCAAGGGCAGCGCUUAUACAACUCAACUCAUCAUGUUUUGAUGGUCAUAAACGCCUUGGAUCAAGCAGGGAUUCCAGUCUACCAUCCUAGAGAUAACCCUGACGCUGACACUGUUCACUCACCAAAGUUCUCCAAAUGGAGUGUCCAUGGCGACGGCACUGUCAGGCCCAUAACUGACUAUCAUGAAAUGCUCCCGGCACACCAAGGUCCCAGCAGGGUCUCAAUCCUCAGCAUCGAACUAAUUAGCCCCAGAUAUAGGUACUACCACGACGACUGGGCGAACCAACUCAAGCACGUCCUUAAGAGUGUGCACGUUGCAUUCAACGAUCCAGCCAACGAUACAGACUUCCGUAUCCUACUUAACAGAAGCUGUGGCCUGCACGUCCACGUCGGUCUGGGUGACCUGUGCCUUCCCCUGACUACAGUAAGGAAUCUCCUGCAAUUGACAACGGCGUUUGAGCGGGUUAUCGACGAGUUGCACUCGGCAGACCGCUUACCUCGAAACGCAUUUUUUUGUAAACCCACUUCCGGUCGGUUCCUUUCAAAACGUUCAAUACACCUAGAAAAUCCCGACGAUCAUAGGCUUGUGGGGAAAUAUAAAUUAGGCUACAUUGAGCCGCAUCCACUGGCCUGGUGCCGCUGGAUAAGAGCGAACGAUUUCGCUCACUUAGUGGCUGGCAACUACGCGUACUCUACUAAACACUAUUACACCGAUAUCAAACGCCGCUCCCAGCUGGGCACGAUUGAGUUCCGUCAACACCGCGGCACUGUUGACGCCGAGGAAAUCGAAGCCUGGGUCCACGUGGUGGCGGCCAUGGUGCGCUAUUCCGGAGAAAUCCGUGACGACACUGGACUGAUACAGUUUGUCAAGAAACACCUAGUCGAUCCAGAGUUUUCUGUCACGGAUCUUCUGCGUUGUAUUGGGGUGCGGAGCGCUACGAUUGAGUACUACCAGCACAAGUUAACAGAAGAAGCUGCACUUGAAGAGAAGGAACGUACUUUAGGGGAUUCCGAGCUCUCUGCGCUUCACGCGACCGAAAGGUACUUAGACCGAUUACCGGACGUUGUAAUGGGACGGAUCCUACUUCGGCUAACACGCGGGGAUUACGGCAAUUACACAAAAACGGACCUCAGUCGUCUUACCAAAAAGUAUAAAGUCGAACCCCUAGAAAUUGAUUGCUUCCCUAUCGACAAAGUAGGGGAGAUACAGAGGUGGUAUCCGGGAAGGCGAGCCAUAUCGGGCGCUCCCGUAUGGUAUUUAGGCCAGCAAGAGAACUAGUUAGUAGCCUUCGGACACUUGCGCAGCAAUAAAUUGUUUUUAACAGCCCGGAGCACACAUGGAAAAUAUAAGUGUCUCCCAACCUCAUGCAGUGACUACGGCAUAAGAAAACGAUCAGAGAUGGAAAUAAUGAAACAUCGAGGGGUAGUGGAACAAACAUAAAGCUAAGACGACAUGCACGUAUCUGUUGGCUUAAUCGCUCGACUAAAGUUGAAACUGCAGAUAUCUACCUAAGGCAGUGCCAGUAAAAGGGUGUUUUUUUUUUUUUUUUUUUUUUUUCUUCAGACAAAGG